UCACGUGACAUUUUUGGUAGAGUGGGGCUGUUCGAGGGCGUUAGCGGCGGCGCUCGACUGGGCAAGGUCUAGGUCUGGGCUGCGGUAGGAAACCCCUGGAUAAAGCGAGUGAGCUUUUGGGCGGAAUUUAGAGGAAGUGCUGACAUUUCUGACCUCCCUGUUGCUCACUGUGGGUUAGAGCUGACUUAACUUUUAUGCAGCAAUGUCUUAUGGACGAAUUGAGGACAGUCGCUUCAACUACCACUCUCAACCUCAGGACUUCAAUGCUCUCAUUCAAACAUGCAGUGCCAACAUCCAGAAGAUCUCACGGAAUACUGCACAGAUAACUACAAUAGUGCAACAACUAGGGACACAACAAGAUACAAGUGAACUUCAAGACAGACUACAACAGCUGCAACACAGUACAAACCAACUUGCCAAGGAAACCAAUAAACACCUGAAGGAACUUGGAUCAUUGCCUUUAGCAUACAAUGAACAGCGUCAGCAGCGAAUGCAGAAGGAGCGACUCAUGAAUGAAUUUUCUGUAGCUCUGAACAACUUCCAAGCAGCACAGCGGAAAGCUGCAGAAAAGGAGAAAGAGUCUGUAGCAAGAGCGAGAGCAGCAUCACGCCUCUCAAGUGGUUUCAGUGAUGAUGAGGCCAAAGAGGAACCACUUGUAUCAUUUGAAAGUAAUGAAGACUGGAAUCAGACACAAGCUCAAUCUCAAGAGGUUGCAAUAACUGAAGAAGACCUGGAACUCAUCAAGGAACGAGAGACAGCAAUCCGACAGCUUGAGGCUAACAUCUUGGAUGUCAACCAGAUUUUUAAAGACUUGGCAAUGAUGAUCCAUGAUCAAGGAGAUAUGAUUGAUAGCAUCGAAGCUAAUGUGGAGAGUGCAGAAGUACAUGUUGAACAAGGAACCCACCAGUUGCAGAGGGCAGCUUAUUACCAGAAAAAGUCCCGCAAGAAGUUGUGUAUUCUGAUUAUAGUUCUUGCAGUGGUUGGUGUCGUGUUGGGCCUUGUUAUUUGGUUGGCAUCCAGAUAGAGCGUCUAUAGAAAAUCCUGCACAUCUCCUCUCAAUGGGGAAAAAUGGGAUCUGUACACCAACAGAAGUCAAUGGACAGUUAUAUUUUUUCUGCCAGUUCAGAGGGUGUGUAACUUGUAUGUUGUGAAUUUCAUGAAACGAGACCCAACACCUAGAAAGUGAUUGCAUUAUUUAUUUUGUGCACAAUAAUGUAAUAUUUACCCUUUGUUUCCUUAUGUUUGUUCGCAGGAGUUAAAAGAAAAUGAUACUUGCUUAACAGAAAUAAGUCUAUAAAGUUAUGUCAUCAAAUGUAUUUUGUAAUGAUGUGCACAUGGCUUGGAUUUUCAAUGUCACUCACUGCAUUUUACACUUUAUCAAUUUGCAAAUCAAAAAACUAGUAUCACUGCUCUCCUCUGCAUCUGGCUAAAGACGACUAUGGUAUAAUUUAUUUAUUCAACAUAUUUUGCCUUGUAUUUAAACAAAAGUAGACACUGCAUAAGAUGAGUUAAUGGCAAUGGAAGGUGAUCUUUUUGGCAUCUAUCAUAAUCAGACUCUGUUAUGGUAGAUUUUGCAGUGAUCUAAUGUUUGUUGGCAAUUCUAACAUCACUGCUUCCUGUACAGUGAUUUAAAAGCAGAAACUGGAACCCCUACUGUCACGAAACUGUUCCUGUCAAAUAGAUUUGAAUUGAUUACCAGUUUUUUUUUAAUUCUUAGUUUCUCUAGCAUAAUCAGAUGUACAUUGCAAACCAUCACAUGGAUAUCAGUCUUCCAGUUUUUCAAAAUACUUUGUUUCAAGCAUUUUACAUUUUAGUUUUCCAAUGGUAGAAUUCACGAUCAAACCAAAGGGCUCAUAAUGAAGAAAAUUGAAUGAGGUGAAACUAGUUGCUCUAAGGAUAAUAGAACACCCAGGACUGUCUUGUCGCUUGUUUAUAAAACAUUAGUAUUUUAAUAAUUCUUUCAGUGUUAUUGCUUAAUUUCAAUUCAUGCAACAGAAAUUGAGGGAGUGAGAAAUCCAUUCCAACACCCUUAAACUUCCUUUCACUUGUCUACAAAGCUAUGUAUCUGUCGUCUUGAUACCAGCACAUAGUCUGUAGUUGUUUUAAGAACACAUUUAAAUGGUGUUCUUGAUUGAACCUGCUAAUUUCUGUCCAUGAAGUAGCUUAGUUGGAACCACGGAGCAUAAACUGUCAUCUCUAUCAGAGCUUUGAUUAGGAUGGCGUAUGCUCGUAGGGCAAGCUGGAGUUAUUUAAUGUAGGUGGCUUUGUUACUUGGGAUAUAUAUUGGCUUGUGAACAUUGGUCUAAUAGAAUAAAGUGUCAAAAUGAUGAUUUCUGGAUUUGAAGUCCUUUUGCACUCUGCUGAGAUUUUACUUAUCCACUUGCAAUCACAAAUACAUGUAUAUACAUUAUGUUUCAACCUUGAGGGACCAUGCAAGUCAGUUAACCAGAUCACUCAAACUCUCUAAAAAUCAAUAGAGCCAAUCUCUGGAAAUGAAGUAGAAGUUGUCAGAUAAUUUUCAUCUUCAGGACAAGAGGGGAGCAAGAAUAAAUCUCUCCAGAAUAAGAGAACUUGGAGAAACAAACAAAAAUUGGUGUCCUUUUAGAGCUGCUUUUGCCUUGCCUAAUCAAUCAUGAACAUUUCCCAAUGUGAAAAUAGCACCUCCAGGUAUAACGAAAUAACAUUUUUGGGAGCUUUUCUGAAUGAAGUUUAAAAUUGGAGAUAAAUCCUUGAUCCUCUUUGCACCCACCUGUUUUGCAGAAUGCAAACAAAUGGCCAACAUUUCCAUCUGCUUUCCAUGUUUUUGUGGCCAUGUUUAGUAGAAACUUGAAACUUAAAUGUCAACUCUAAGCCAUUCCAUUCUCUCUACUUUUAUCUUAUAUCAGAUAUAUAUCACAUAGCAGUUUAAAAAACAAUGUUGGCAUUCUGUUAUAAAGAAAUGUCCUCCACCUUGAUUGUGUGA